ACAGACGACCGUCCACCAGGAGGAGAGCCCCUGUGAGGCCGAGGGCACCCCUGAAGAGGAGACCUGUAAGUAGCCUUUGUCAGAGCCCCCCACGGUGGGUUUCUCAGCCCGGGCCACUGACACUCCCUUUCUUCCCCAGGCCCGUGGGUCCCCAUCUGUCACCCCUGCCCUCGCUGCUCUCAGCUGCCCGACACCACUCACCGUGCCUCCCGUUCAGAUGCGUGACCUCCACCACACUGAAGCCGACUUUCACGACCCAAGAGAGGCUGAGGAUUCCGAGGAUGAGCAGGACAUUUGGGUUGAGGAGGAGGAGGGCGCAUCCCCGUUGUCUCCCUCCUCCUCCUCCUCCUCCUCCUCCUCCUCCUUCUCCUCCUCGUCUUCCUACUCAGUCCUGUUCCUGGGCAGUGGCGAGGAGGUGGCUGAUUCUGGGACACCCAGUCCCGCGCAGAGCCCUCAGGGUGUCUGCCCCUCCCCCACAGCCGUGGCAGCCCCUCCCUGGAGCCAGUCGGAAGACAAUGGCCUCAGAAGCCAAGGUGAGGAGGGGCCCAGCACCGGGCAGGACCCGGCAGAUGCCGAGUCCCGGCUCCACGAUGCAUUACAUUUGAUGAUGGUUGACCUGAUGGGCUUCCUGCUCCACAAGUACCGCACAAAGCAGCCGACCUCAAAAGAGGAAAUGCUGAAUGCGGUCCUCAGAGAUGACCAGGACCACUUCCCUGCGGUCUUGAGCCAAGCCUCUGAGUGUCUGCAGCUGGUCUUUGGGGUGGAUGUGAAGGAGGUGGACCCCAGGGAGCACUUGUAUGUCCUGGUCCCCACCCUGGGCCUCACCUACGAUGGCAUGCAGGACGAUGGGCAGAGCAUUCCCAAGACUGGCCUCCUGCUGAUACUUCUGGGUGUGAUUGUCCUGGAGGGCGACUUUGCUCCUGAGGAGGCAGUCUGGGGAGCACUUAGCAAGAUGGGGCUGUGUGCUGGGAGGGAGCACUUCAUCUAUGGGGAGCCCAGGGAGCUCAUCACCAACGUGUGGGUGCGGGAGGGGUACGUGGAGUACCGGCAGGUGGCCAACAGCGAUCCCGCUCGCCACGAGUUCCUGUGGGGUCCCCGGGCCUACACGGAGACCAGCAAGCUGCAAGUCCUGGAACAUUUCCUCAGGAUCAAUAGAAGGGGUCCCAGUUCUUUCCCGUCCCUGUCUGAAGAGCGAGUGAGUGAUGAGGAAGAGGGGGCCUGAGCCAGACUUGCAGCUGGGCUCCUUCUAGGCCCCUGUCCGGCAGCUUCUCCUGCCGGGCAGGAAGUGAGGCUGACUCUUCACUGUGUGUCUGAGGAGCAAGGAGUCAGCAUCCUAAGUAGUGAGGGCCCGGGCCAGUGGGGGGGACACGGUGUACAGCAUCUCUGGGCUCCUGUUCUCUACAAUGAUAUGGAAGUUCAUCUUCAUUUCCUUUAGUGAUGUUUCAGAUGUUAUUCGUUUUAAUAAAUAUCAAUAUACUUUAUUUUAUUAUACAGUCUUUUUAAAGAUUACAUUUUAUUUACAGUUAUGAGAAAAUAUCGGUUAUAUACGCCUUGUUCUGCAAUACAUUCUUGAACCUUCCUUACACCCAAUAGUUUGUACUUCCCACUCCCUCACCCCUAUAUUGCCCCUUGCCCCUCACCCCUCCCCACUGGUAAUCACUAGUUUGUUCUCUAUGAGCCUGCUUCUUCUUUGUUAUACUCACUAGUUUGUUGUAUUUUUUAGAGUCCACAUAUAAAUUGAUAUCAUACAGUAUUUGUCUUUCUCUGUCUGAUUUAUUUCACUUAGCAUAA